GUCAGACAGAGACCAAGUCAACGGGAAUCUUGACAUAGCGCAACUUUCACCACACCAAGAAGAUGUGAACACAAGCCCUGCCUUGUAAAGACGACUCGACUCAAGGCGUCCCACAUAACUCAGUUCCUUGGACAGCGACCUGAUUUCAGCACCUCCAACCCGGCGGAAAGCACACAGUCCCUUCCAAUAGUCUGUCCUACCAGAGCGUAACCAAGGCAUGCAGUUCAGUGAAUGACGAUUCUCUCUAUCAGAGCGCAAUGGGUUUCAGAAGCGCUGGUAUUAGUGAUAUACUUAACUAAUGGCGUCUUCGAUACUGAUGAUACUCAUUCUUCUAGCCAGUAUGGUAACAGUAUCGAUACCGAGGGGACCAACGCGAGUGGCAGAUGAAAGGGUUGCAACAGCCUUGUCGGACUGAGAGCCCUAUCGCAUUCACUUCAAGUAGGCCUACCAAGUCAGAGAAGAUCACAAGCGUUGCAUCGGAAGUGAAUUGACAAGUUAGACACACCAUGGGGAUACGGCACCUUUUUCUGCUCCUCAUAUACCUGGAUCCCCUGAGCGUUCUCUGCGCCGGGACGGGAGGCAAGAAGAUGAAACCGGUGACCAAGCGGACUCCCAAGGCGAAAGACGCCAACAUCACCGCGGCGGUCCCCACCGCUGCGCCGCUGAAGAACGCGACCAAGGACUACGAUACCUGCACCGGUUACUACGACGUGAGCGGACAAUUUGACAAAGAGUUUGCGUGUAACAACACGGUUCACCGCUACUGCUGCGGGUCCUGCUUCCUGCGGUUCUGCUGCCAGGAAAAAGAAAAAAGAGUAGACCAGUCAAGCUGUAAAAACUACAACAAGCCGGACUGGGUGAAAACGCCCCCCCCUUCGCCAGCCUCGACGGGACAGCCUUUUGACCCCAGUAUGGACCAGACGAACACUGCGGUGUACAUCACUUGUGGGAUCAUAGCUUUUAUUUUAGUGGUGGGAGUUUCGGCUAAAGUUGCCUAUGACAAAGCCACAGAGCCCCCUCAGGAAAUGAAUAUCCAUAGGGCCCUUGCAGACAUCCUGAGGCAACAGGGGCCCAUUCCCAUAUCUCAAUAUGACUGCGAGAACUUUUCAGCCAUGAACGGCUCUCCCAAAGACAACACUCCUCAACGAACCUCCUCCAAGAACCACUACACCCCUGUCCACCAGUCUAAGUCCAACCACGGUCUCCACUACGGGAAGGAGAGCGUCCGCAGCAGUGGAGGUCACGACCUUCAUACCUUCAUCUCCUCUGGGUUCGUCACGUUGGGACGCGGCCAACCCAAAGGGGAAAAGCAUUGGCCCGUCCGCUCCCAGAGCCACCAUGGUACCCACCAGCACAACUACAACCAUACGGUUCUAGGUAGCCCAACACGCAUUCAUAAUGCUCACCGAUCAUUGAGACGUGAGAACACUAGGAUGAGUGGCAUCCUGACCUCACAGACGGAGCCGUAUGACCUGUCCUCCUCACGCUCAUUCCAGAGCCUGUCCCACCUGCCACCCACCUACGAGGCCGCUGUCAAGGCCGACCUCAACAGAUACUCCUCCCUGAAGAGACUGACGGAUAAAGACGUCGACGACUACUACACCUGCAAGCGUCACCUCCCUGACCUUGCAGCCAGAAGCACCCUGCCUUUACACGUCAUUAAAAUGAGCCAGGAACAGCAGCAGCAGCAGCAGCAGCAGCUCCAGAGCCAGCCCCCCCAGCCCCAGGUGUCCCAGGCCCCACCCCAACAGGCCCAGUCUCAGCAGGCCCCCAGAAGACAGAGGCCUCCCCGUGUCCAGAGGGCCAUGUCCCAGGACCGGGUCCUGUCCCCAAACAGAGAUCCAGACCAUCGGAUGGGAAUGACCCGGCAAGGAGGACGUAUCCUGUCUGAUGAGCAGCUACUGUCUGCCGACCGCUUGAUGUCCCAGGAACGCUUGAUGUCCCAGGACCGGCUGUACUCCAAGGACCGCAUGCACUCCAAGGACAGGCUGUUACAAUCGCAAGACCACAUGUACCCGAAAGACCGCCAUUUCUCCCAAGACCGCCUAUACUCCCAAGACCACCUGUACUCCCAAGACCGCCUGUACUCCCAGGAUCCUCUGAUCUCGCCGGACAAAAUGAUGAUGUCGCUGAAGCGCGUGUCCGGCGGAUUCCGAGGCAACAACGACAAGUCGAUGUCGCACGCCAUCUCGCACCCGGACGUGUUCAUGCCCACGACGCCGCUCAUGGACCACUACAAGAUGACAAAAAUGCACUCCCACCCCAGUGCCUCGAACAACGCAGGGGCGGCGGGCGGAGCUGGAGCAGGGGGGCACUCCAGCACGUUAGCCAUGAACCACACAACUAAUAAGAGACAGCAGUUUGCCUCCAGAAGGACCCAUACUGUGGAGCAGCUCCACUACAUGCCCCAGCAGCACUACCGCACAGGCAGCAAGACCGAAGUGACUGUUUAACACAAUCUAGCACGCUAACGGCUAGCUUGGUAGAGAGUCAGAGGUGAACGCUAAACAUCUCAUCGCCAGUUUAUAUUACACGCCAUUUAACAGACACUUUUAUCCAAAGUGACUUACAGUCAUGUGUGCAUACAUUUUUAUGUAUGGCCGGCCCCAGCGGGAAUCAAACCUUUGACCCUUUGUGUUGCAAGCACCAUGCUCUACUGACAGCCACACAGUAUGGGGGAGUGUGUGUGUGUGUGGGGGGGGGAAAGGGAUGGGAAGAGAUUGGCGAGUAUAACAGGACGAUAAUUGUAUGUUUUUAAGUCAAACAAAAGGUACACUCAGAUCUCUUUGCCUUUUCAGACUUCACCAGACCCAAGAACAGUACUGUACUGUAAGAGGCUGGAGUUCUUCAGUAGACACAAACCCCACAAAGACUGAGACAGCUGUGGUAGUGUGCUGUGAAAUUGGCUAAUCUACUCUACUUACGUUAUUCCUGUCAUGCCCUAAACAUCAACUCCCCUUGUCCGCAACAAUCUGGGUGUAAUUCAUAUUUGACAUAUUUGAGAAUAGAGAGGUUCAGGCACACACAUCUCUUAUUCUAGGAACUUCUACUGCAAAUCUAAAGAGCUUUGCAUUGGUAAAACACCAGGACUGAUCCGAUCAAUGUCUCCACGACUUCUGUUGUUGAAAGACAGGACACAACCACAGCUGAUGGAACUGGAACAGCCCUGUAAUAACGUUAUAAAUAUAUACAUAUUUUAAAAAACUACCGUUUGUAACUCCAGUCUUACUCAUAGCUAUAGAAAGAUCUGGAAAUAAAUCAAAUCCAAUGUUACUAUCACUUUUAUUGAUGCCUCAGUCUGAAGUGGUUUUAAAAAGUGGUUUUAAAAAGCACAAUCAAUUAAUGAGAUUUUCGCGUUUCUGUUCAGUUGUUUCAUAAGUUUGGUCGCUGAUGGCUUGCUCGUAGAUGAUUGUAAAUAAGCUAUAAUUCUAGAGGCAGUAUUAUGGACGGGUCUGUAUCAGUUGGCUUUUGUAUUAGGCUGUCUAAUGUUUUCAGUAGAUUCUGAACAAGUUAUAAACCUCCACCGUUUCGUGAUCAGUUCAGACUAGAAAACCCACUUAACCAACAAUUUGAUAGGAUAAAUGAAUACUUUAACUAUGUUUGUAGAAUUAGAAUGAAUGUGAAUGAAUGUGUUGUUGAUAAAAAAUAAACCACUGUUCAUA